AAUUUUUUGCAACUGUUGAAAUUUAUGUAAAAAAGUAGUUAAAGCAAGCAAUAAAUAUGUGAAAGUGCAGUUUAAAGUGAACGAAAACAAGGGCAUUCAGUGAAAAUAUCAUUUAUACACAGUGACGAGACAGUUGCUGGUGGGACUGGAGCCAAAGGGAGAGGUCAAAACAGGGAACAGGAAGAAGAGGGAAUAUCACCGUACAGCAACGAAAUGGAUGCGGCUCACACCUUGACCCUCAACGAGGAGGCAUGGAAGCAGCUGCCGGAACACAAACGACCCGUUUUUGAAUUGGAAUGGUUGCGUUACUUGGAGAAAUCGUUGCCCCACAUAGCCAAACAUGAGAUUAAGACGGCGCAAAAGAAACUGGUGCAACAAUUGUCCGAACGCAUACAGGGUGCUCCAGGGCCGCCUAUGCGUAAAUUGAUUGCCAGUGCAUUGGCCACCUUGUUUUCGGUGGGGGAUACAUUCAUGCUCUUCGAUACGGUAAACGCUUGCAAUGAUAUACUGAAGAACAAGGACGAUUCACCCAGCUAUUUGCCCACCAAAUUGGCUGCAAUUUGUGUUUUGGGUUCAAUGUAUGAGAAACUGGGCAGAAUGAUGGGACGCACCUAUGAGGACACAGUUCAGAUACUCAUAAGAACUCUUCGAAAUGCGGAAUCGCAGGCUCGCAUUGAGAUCAUGCAUACCCUGGAGAAGGUAAAUGCGGGAAUGGGAACAGCCAUUGCCAAUGUCCAUAAGGAUAUCUAUAAGGCGGCAAAGCAUUGUCUAUUGGAUCGUGUCAUGGCUGUGCGAGUAGCUGCUGCUCGUUGCAUUCUAAAGAUGAUAUAUUCGGCCCCAUUUCUGUAUCAAACUGAGCUGGAAAGCCUUGGCACGCUGUGUUUCCGUGCCUUCGAUGGUAGUAAUUACGAAGUGCGUUGUGCAGUUGCUCAGCUAUUGGGCACUUUGCUAGCCUAUACCCAACAGCUGGCGGAGAUGGCCAGCAAUAAGAAGAUGGCAAAUCAAGCGGCUGCUAUGCAGGCAGCAGCAGCUGCCAAGGGAGGAACUCUUCGCUUGGUAUCCCUAGAUGAGGCUUUGGGCAUACUGAUGUCUGGUUUUCUACGCGGAGGAGCUUCAUUUUUGAAGGGCACCGGCGAGAUAAUCAAAGGCAGUUCGGGUGUAAAUCGUGAAGUCCGUGUCGGGGUUACCCAUGCUUAUGUGGUCUUUGUUCAGUUUAUGGGCAGUGUGUGGUUGGAACGGCAGCUGAGUACUUUCCUGUCGCAUGUCUUGGACUUGGUCGCCAAUCCGAAAGCCGCCUGUUCCCAUGUGGAUGCUGUUUACUCGCGUAAAUGUAUUAAUUUCAUUUUACGCUCAACCAUUGGCAAAAUGCUGGGGGAGAAGGCUCAGAGUGCCGCCUGCAAAGAGCUAAUCCACUUGGUGGCCAAACAAAUGAAUUCCAUUGACUUCAAUCCGGAGAACGCAAAAGAUUCCAAUCAAGAGACACUGUUUAGUCAGCAUUUACUGGUCUGCGCGUUGCAAGAGUUAAGUUCUCUGUUAAUUGGCUUAGGAACAACUGCUCAGAAUUUGCUGGGCGAUCAAUCCCUCCAAGCCAUAGACGCCACUUGUGCGGUUCUUGUGCAUCCAUGUGCUGCAGCUCGUUUGGCCGCAGCUUGGUGCCUGAGAUGCUGUUGCAUUGCCGUCCCCAGUCAAAUUACCACGCUAAUUGAUCGCUUCAUCGAAGCCAUCGAACAGAUGAGAUCCUCGCCAGAGGCUAUUGCCGGCUAUAGCUGCGCUCUAGCGGCCAUUUUGGGUAGCGUACGCUACUCCCCGUUGGGCAUUCCACACACCAAGGGCAAGGUAGUCUUUAAUUGUGCCGAGGAAUUGCUGCGUUCUGCUUCCCAGAAUAGCCGCAUGUCGCUGCAUCGCACCCAGGCGGGUUGGCUGUUGAUUGGAUCCAUCAUGACUCUGGGUUCGCCGGUGGUGAAGGGCCUGUUGCCUCGCAUGUUGCUGCUGUGGCGCAAUUCGUUUCCACGCUCGAACAAGGAACUCGAAUCGGAGAAGGCUCGCGGUGAUGCCUUCACAUGGCAGGUUACCUUGGAGGGACGAGCAGGAGCGUUGUCUGUGAUGCAUAGUUUUCUGCUCAAUUGUCCCGAACUAGUCAGCGAGGACAUAACCAGGCGUCUGCUUACACCCAUUGAGAGCGCUCUGGCAAUGUUGGUCAACUUGGCCACUGUCCUUAAAAGUUAUGGCACACAGCUGAAAGCUCCAGCGGCCAUGGUGCGUUUACGGCUCUUUGAGACUCUAACUCUGUUGCCGGCUAAUGCUCUGGAGGCAUCCUACACGCAUCUUUUACGUAUGCUCGUCUCAGAGUUUACCUUAUCGGAUAAUGCCGCAAAUACUACCAACUCUUUGCUGAGGACACUUUGUCAUGGAGAUGAUUCGAUUAUAUUGGGCACCUGGCUACAGGAAACCAAUCAUCGCACCAUUGAGGAUCAGAUGGAACCCAAUCGUAAAGUCGAUGGCGAGCAUCUUCAGCCGAAUAGUGCUGCUGGAUCAGGAGCUUUGGAACACGAUCCAUGUUGCUUAUACCGUCCCAAUUGGUUGUCAAGUGUCUCGAGCAGCAAUCAAGCCAACAAUUCCAGCAACAUACAGCUGAUCAAUAAGGCAGCCCAACAAUGUCCUGGACCACUGCCUCUGGGUGUGGCUGUUAUUGAUAUGUCGGUUACACUUUAUGGCACCAUAUUCCCAAAAGUGGCCAAUAAGCAUCGUCUGCAGAUGUUGGAACACUUUGCCGAAUGCAUCAAACAGGCAAAGAGUAGCCGCCAGGAAGCGGUUCAGAUGAACAUCUUUACGGCUCUUCUGUGUGCUCUGAAACAUCUCACAGACAGCAAGACAAGCCUGGGACAAGAGGAUGUGAGAAAAAGUGCCACCAAUUUGAUAGUUUCAUCGCUGACCAGCACCAAUUCCACAAUCAGAUGUGCUGCUGGUGAAGCUUUGGGCCGUCUGGCUCAGGUGGUCGGGGAUUCGCAUUUCACAGCCGAAUUGGCUCAAAAUAGUUUCGACAAAUUGAAAUCCGCACGAGAUGUUGUUACCCGGACGGGGCACUCCCAUGCAUUGGGUUGUUUGCAUCGAUAUGUCGGUGGCAUGGGGUCUUCGCAACAUCUAAACACAAGUGUCUCGAUACUGCUAGCGUUGGCCCAGGACAGCGCUUCGCCGGUGGUUCAGGUGUGGUCGCUGUAUGCCCUAGCACAGAUUGCCGACUCUGGAGGACCAAUGUUUCGUGGUUAUGUGGAGCCUACAUUGACAUUGUCUCUGAAACUUUUACUCACCGUACCCCAUGCUCAUGUGGAUGUUCAUCAGUGUGUGGGUCGUGUGGUGAAUGCAUUGAUCACCACUGUCGGUCCGGAAUUGCAAGGCGGAGGGUCUGCUGUGGCUGCAAUGCGCAGUUCAUUCCUCUGCUCAGCUGCCUUGCUGCAAUCUCAUGCCGAUCCGCUUGUCCAGGCCGAAGCCAUUGGUUGUCUGCAGCAGUUGCAUUUGUUUGCCUGCAAAUCUUUGCAGUUGGAUACUCUGGUGCCUACUCUAGUCAAGAUGCUGGCCAGCAAUUAUUUUAUACUCCGCAAGGCGGCUGUCUCCUGUCUGCGCCAGUUGGCCCAUCGUGAGGCGCGGGAGGUGUGCGAACUGGCAUUGACUAUACAGCAGGAGCAAUGUCCGGAUCUGGUGAUUACAGAAUUUGGUCUGCCCGGGGUGCUCUUUUCCAUGUUGGACACGGAAACCGAUCCGGAAAUGCUGAAGAAUCUUCACGAUACUCUAACUUCCAUGCUGCAGAUGCUGGCGGCUGAUAAUCUCAGUUCCUGGCUAAGUCUCUGCAAGAAAGUUCUCACGGUGGCCGUGGAAGGUAGCCUCCAGACAGAGGAGACAAUUGCGGCUGAUGCCAAAGAUGCUGCGGGUCAAGGUGGUGCCGGCGAUGACGAUGACGAUGAGGAGGAGGAAUAUGCCGAUGAUGUCACCGAAUAUAGAGCCGAGGAGAAUACCUCCACACAUCCGGCUGUCCAGCCACGUUGGCCCACUCGUGUGUUCGCCUCUCAGUGUGUGAGACGCAUUAUUUCCAGUUGCGAGUCCUCCAGUCCCACGCAUUUUGAUCUCGUACAGGCCAAAGAGCAGCAAAUGGUCAAGUCAAGGGGUGAUUAUCUUAUACUCCAUUUAUCCGAACUUAUUCGGAUGUCAUUUAUGGCCGCCACAUCGGAUUCGGAUCAACUGCGUCUGGAAGGAUUGCGUACCUUGCAGGAGAUCAUAGAUCGCUUUGCCAAUGUACCGGAACCAGAGUUUCCUGGACAUUUGUUGCUUGAACAGUUUCAGGCCCAAGUGGGGGCUGCACUCCGCCCAGCCUUUGCGCCGGAUACUCCAUCUCAUGUGACGGCGGCUGCUUGUGAGGUCUGCUCUGCCUGGAUAGGAUCAGGAGUGGCCAGGGAUAUUAGUGAUUUGCGAAGAGUCCAUCAAUUGCUAGUUAGCUCACUGAACAAAUUGUAUACCAAAACGAAUAGCACACAGUUGUAUAAUGAAUCCAUGGCCACUUUGGAGAAGUUAAGCAUACUCAAGGCGUGGGCAGAGGUGUAUAUUGUGGCUAUGCUGGGCAAUGGCAAAGCCCCCGCCUCCUUGCUGACCCUGCAAUCGGUCCAGCAGCAAUCGAUACCAGCGUUGACUGUUCUCGAUGCGGACACACUGGAUGCGCCCGAAAAUCGAGGUGAAAGCCUGUUGGGUUUGGUCAAGCCGGAACUGCAUAACCUCUCCUCUCACUGGCUAAACGCCAUGAAGGAUCAUGCCCUGCUCCUACUGCCUGCUGAAUUCCAGUCGCAGUUGCCUCACGAUGGCGGCGCUUUCUACACCACGGAUACAAUCAAUUCGUCGAAACCACAUUAUAUGACCAGUUGGCCACCCAUUCUUUAUGCUUCCGCCCUGUGGCUACGCGACGAGGGUUUCGCCAAGGACCAAGAGUCCUCGGCCAGCUCUGCCUCUGAAUCGAAUAAUAAUCAAAUAACGCAUGGAUCCCUCGCCGCCGAUCGUUUCCACAUGAUCUUUGGCAUCUGCAUGGAAGCCCUGUGCUCCAUUCGCAGUUCGGACAAACCCAAGAAUAUUGUCAGUUGUUUGCGUUCGUUGCAUUCCAUUUUCGACUCGAAGUGGGCUCGGCAACAAUUGAUCAAGGAUAAAGCACUAACCAUUGAGUUGUGUCACGUGUUGCAUCGACAAAUCCUCACCAGAGAUGAGUUACUUGUCCAACUUUUGUGCGUUGAGAUACUAAAGCAAACGAUUCAAGCUGCUCGGGAGGAUUUACAACGGCGACGCGACGAUAACGCCAAUGAGGAGAAUGCCUUGGACUUGGGCGAGGAUAACACAAUGCAGCCGGGCAGUUCGCAUGUCUAUGCAGUGCUUGAGGUCUGUCUGUGCUUGUUUGUCCGGCAAAUACCAAGCAUGAAUCCCACCAAGCAGACGACUGGACAAUUGGACUAUGCCUAUGCCAAAAUCAGCUCGCAAAAUUCAUUCUUUUCAGUUCUGAAUGAUGACAACGGUCUGCUCGUCGCUAAUGGAUUGCAGUGUGUUGAACAAUUGCUCGAUUUGUGCAAUUCCCGUGGAGCUGUGACCAUUCUACCAACUAUCUUGUAUAUGACCACAAGCAUUAUCAAAGAGAUAGCCAACAAGUCAUCGAUAGACAGCAGCAUUCUGGCCAACACAAGUCCCGUUCAGGCCGCACUUCAAUGUCUUCGAUCGGUUUGUCAACAUCGUUGGUCCCGCCAGAGCGACACUUCUGACGAUUGGCAACAAUUGCUCCAGAGUGCUUUGGCCACCAUUAUUGACCUUACCAAAACCGCUGGUGACAAUGAAACGGAACGUAAAGCCGAUGAGAUAACCAUGCUGCUGGCCAUUUCCGUUUUUAUACUGCACACACCCGCCUCGGUGGUGGCCACACCAUCUUUGCAAUAUCCGUGCAUCAAUCAUUUUCGUCAAUGUUUGCAAUCGGAGCAUUUGCCGGUGAAAUUGAAAUGCAUUGAAACGACACGGGACAUAUUUAUCCAGGCGGAACUGAAGACAGCCACGCCCUAUAUCCAUGCUUUGGCCCCACGCAUCAUUGAAUCUCUGUACGCAGAAUGCAGCAAGAUGCCCACCAGCGAACUGGAAUUGCAGGUGACUCUGGAGAGCAUAGUGACCGUGGAGCAGCUCAUUGAGCUGGCCGAGCCACAGCAUCGAAACUUGAACUUGCUACAAGACAUCCAGAUGUUGACGUUGCUAGUGCCCGUUCUGAUUGGCUUUCUGGCCGAUCCAACCAAAUGGCGUACUCUACCUAAAUACCAACGACAAUUGCAUGAACAAUCCUUGCAAUGGCUGCUCAAAAUUGGACCUAAAUAUCCCAAAGAAUUCAAGGCUUUGAUGGGCCAGACUCCGGAAUUGCGUUUAAAGCUGGAGACGGCCAUAAGGAAUCAACAGCAGUCAAUUAGCAUUGCUCAGAAGGCAACGGAGGCACAGAGAACUGGUAUAUUGGCCAAGCCACAGAAACCAACGAUAAAACUGAAGACCGAUUUUAGUAACUUCCAAUAAUCUGAUCUAAUAUACAUGCAUAUAUUGAUUAAUGCAAUGCUUGAAACUAUUUGAAGCUUGCUAAAUAGAUUAAGACGAGAAUACGCUUUGCAAAUGUGAAUUGUUAAUAUGUGUACACCAUUAAGGGUAUUCCAUUCCGUUUUAAUUGAUGCCCAAAGGCUUGUGCAAUAAAUAUCGAACAGAAUUUUAUUUUUUCCAUUAA